UAUAUGGUACUGCCUUUUUUGAACUGCUGGCAUUUCAGAGAACACUGCUGUGGUUCGUUGUUGGGGUGGAACUUGUAACACAGGAAUUAUGUAGUUGGAAACAAGUCCUAUGCCAGUCAUGCCUAUAGCAAAACCCCGUGUAUUUCACGAAGAGGAGGAGCGGAGGGUGAAAGCCAAUGAUCCUGAACAUAAUGAAAAAUUUCAGUAUGCUAACAAUCGCAUCAAAACGUCUAAAUACAACAUUCUUACUUUCUUGCCAGUUAAUUUAUUUGAACAGUUCCAGAGGGUUGCAAAUGCUUACUUCCUUUCCCUUCUGAUUUUACAGCUGAUUCCAGAAAUAUCCUCCUUGUCUUGGUUUACUACCAUUGUGCCUUUAAUGAUGGUAUUUACCAUUACUGCUGUCAAAGAUGCGACAGAUGACUGUUUUCGCCAUAAGAGUGAUAACCAGGUGAACAAUCGACAGGCUGAAGUACUCAUUGAUGGCAGAUUACAGAAUGAAAAAUGGAUGAAUGUAAGACCCGGUGACGUCAUUAAACUGGAGAAUAAUACAUUUGUAGCUGCUGAUGUAUUACUUCUAUCUAGUAGUGAACCACAUGGUCUCUGUUACAUUGAAACAGCUGAGCUUGAUGGUGAGACUAACCUAAAAGUACGUCAGGCUUUACCAGAUACUUCAGAACUUGGAGCAGAUAUUAGAAGGCUUGCAGAAUUUGAUGGUGUUGUUGUCUGUGAACCUCCUAACAACAAGCUGGAUACAUUCACAGGAGUUCUUUUCUGGAAAGAUAAUAGGUACUCGCUCAGUAAUGAAAAGAUGCUGCUACGAGGUUGUGUGUUGAGAAACACAGAGUGGUGCUUUGGAAUGGUUAUUUUUGCAGGCCCUGACACUAAAUUAAUGCAAAACAGUGGUAGAACUAAAUUUAAAAGAACAAGCAUUGACCGGCUGAUGAAUACUUUAGUAUUAUGGAUCUUCAGCUUUUUGGUAUGUAUGGGAAUAAUUCUGGCAAUAGGAAAUUCAAUAUGGGAACAUCAGGUUGGGGCCCGUUUCAGAAUUUACCUUUAUUGGAAUGAAGUGGUGAACAGUUCUGUAUUUUCAGGAUUUCUCACAUUUUGGUCGUACAUUAUCAUACUCAAUUCAGUUGUGCCCAUUUCCUUGUAUGUGAGUGUGGAAGUGAUUCGACUUGGACACAGCUACUUCAUAAAUUGGGAUCGUAAAAUGUAUUACCCCAAAAAAGAUACACCUGCUGAGGUUCGGACUACCACGCUCAAUGAAGAAUUAGGACAAAUUGAAUAUAUUUUCUCAGACAAAACAGGAACAAUCACUCAAAACAUAAUGACUUUUAACAAAUGUUCCAUUAAUGGAAAAACAUACGGUGAUGUAUAUGAUGACUUUGGCCGGAAAACAGAAAUUAAUGAGAAAACAGUGCCAGUGGAUUUUUCAUUCAACCCACUAGCAGAUAGAAAAUUUCAAUUUUAUGAUCACAGCCUGAUUGAAUCCAUUCAACUAGGAGAUGCAAUGGUACAUGAGUUCUUUAGGUUGCUUUCCCUCUGCCAUACAGUCAUGCCUGAAGAAAAAAAUGCAGGUGAAUUGGUUUACCAGGUGCAGUCGCCAGAUGAAGGUGCUCUAGUAACCGCUGCCAGAAACUUCGGUUUCAUCUUUAAGUCCCGGACCCCAGAGACCAUCACUGUGGAAGAAAUGGGCAAACUUGUUACAUACCAGCUCUUAGCAAUUCUGGAUUUUAACAAUAUCAGGAAAAGGAUGUCUGUAAUAGUUCAAAGCCCAGAUGGGCAGAUAAAACUAUAUUGCAAGGGAGCAGAUACUAUUUUAUUUGAGAGGCUUCAUCCCUCCAAUGAAGAAUUAAUGUCUUUGACAUCAGAUCAUCUUGAGGAGUUUGCUGGAGAAGGCCUUCGGACCUUAGCCCUUGCAUACAAAAACUUGACUGAAGAGCACUUUAAAGAGUGGUCUAAAAUACUUCAGGAGGCAAACACUUCACUGGAUAGCAGGAACGAAUAUCUUGCUGCAGCAUAUGAAGAGAUUGAAAAAGACAUGAUGUUACUAGGUGCCACUGCUAUAGAAGACAAGUUACAAGAAGGAGUUACAGAAACAAUUGCCAGUUUAUCACUAGCUAACAUUAAGAUCUGGGUUCUAACAGGAGACAAGCAAGAAACUGCCAUGAACAUUGGUUACUCCUGCAACAUGCUCACUGACACCAUGAAUGAGAUUUUCAUAGUGGCUGGUCAUACGGUAACGGCAGUGCAUGAAGAACUCAGGAAAGCGAAAGAACAUUUGUUUGGACAAAACAAAGACCUUUCCAAUGGCCAUGUAUUUUAUGAAAAAAUGCAAGAAUCAAAACAGGGCUCAGUCUUGGAAGAAACUGUCACUGGUGAUUAUGCAUUAGUCAUAAAUGGACAUAGUCUGGCUCAUGCACUUGAGGCUAAUCUGGAGAAUGAAUUUGUGGAAGUUGCCUGCUUGUGUAAAACUGUGGUUUGUUGUCGAGUGACUCCCUUACAAAAAGCACAAGUGGUAGAGCUGGUUAAGAAGCACAGGAAGGCAGUCACCUUGGCCAUAGGAGAUGGAGCCAAUGACGUUAGCAUGAUCAAAAGCGCACACAUAGGCAUUGGCAUCAGUGGUGAGGAAGGAAUGCAAGCAGUCUUGGCGAGCGAUUACUCCUUUGCCCAGUUCAGAUACCUUAAGCGGCUCCUGCUUGUUCAUGGCAGGUGGUCCUAUUUCAGAAUGUGCAAGUUCUUGUGUUAUUUCUUCUACAAAAACUUUGCCUUCACUCUGGUGCAUUUCUGGUUUGGCUUCUUCUGUGGCUUCUCAGCUCAGACAGUUUAUGACCAGUGGUUUAUUACCCUCUUCAACAUUGUCUAUACUUCGCUGCCUGUACUAGCUAUGGGUUUGUUCGACCAGGAUGUGAAUGAGCAGAAUAGCAUGGAUUAUGCAAAACUCUAUGAACCUGGGCAACUAAAUCUACUCUUCAAUAAACGCAAAUUUUUCAUCUGCAUAGCACAUGGAAUCUACACCUCUUUUACCCUUUUCUUCAUCCCUUAUGGAGCAUUUUAUUACACAGCUGGUGAAGAUGGAAAACAUAUUGCUGACUACCAGUCUUUUGCUAUCACAGUUGCAACAUCUUUAGUAAUUGUAGUCAGUGUUCAGAUAGCCUUGGAUACCAGUUACUGGACUGCCAUCAAUCGUUUUUUCAUCUUGGGUAGUAUAGCUGUGUAUUUUGCUAUUUUAUUUGCAAUGCACAGUGAUGGGAUUUUUGUUAUAUUCCCAAACCACUUUCCUUUUGUAGGAAAUUCCCGUAAUUCCCUGGGCCAGAUAAGUGUUUGGCUCGUCAUCCUCUUGACUACUGUGGUUUCAGUCAUGCCUGUAAUAACAUUCCGAUUUUUGAAGGAAGAUUUAAAUCCAACGCAAACUGAUCAGGUUCGGAAGUUGCAGAAGGCUAGGAAGAAGCAGAAACCAUUACAGAACUACAUGCGUCGGGUGUACAGAACAAACUCAAGAAGAUCUGCAUAUGCUUUUUCUCAUCAAGAAGGCUUUGGGAAACUUAUAACAUCUGGAAAGAAUAUGUGAGUCAAUAAUUCACAUCAAACAUCAGAGUUAGCUAGGACCAUGCAUAAUAGUAUCACUUGGAUCGAGAAUUUAUGUAAGAAAACAGAAGAAACAGUGAACAGCUUCAGUAGUGACAGAACUGUGAGUCAAAGAAGAAAACAGAAGUUUAUUUUAAAAAACUGUGGCCAUAUCUUUGCACUGUUUGCCACUUUGUAAACAUUAAGCAUGAAAUUUCCACGUGUGCUGAGUACUGUAGCGGAAGUGUCUAACCCACAAUAUUUUACAGCGUGUUCAAGAAUGUUGUCAACACACAAUAUUUUCAAAGGGAUCUCUUAGUUUUUUUUCUUUUUUCUUUUUUCUGAAAAGCAUUUACCAUACCAAAACAAUGUGUGCAGCUGCUUCAAGAGGUUGGACUAUCCAUGAGAAUAUUGAUAAGAAAUUUCCCUCCAAGUUAAGGGAAAAUGCAGUAUUCAAAUAUUUGAAUUAGUCAUAUAUUCCAGCAUAAUUAUUUCAUACUGCUUGUACUUAUUUAAACAAUGUAAAAGUUUCAAAGUCAAAUGAUUUCAGGGUGUAUAUUUUUAAAUAUUUGAAAUUAAGUUUUUAAAUUGUUUAUAAAUUGAAACCAAAAAUAAAAUACUGUGUAAUAUAUACAAUAUCUGUCCAUAUGUGUAGUGUGUUUCUGUUGUUUCCAUUCACUUCUAUUUUAUCUGCUGUUUACUAAUUACGUGCAUAAUUUGAAAUUACGGCAUAACUCUGUCCUGCUGAAAGAGUUAAAUCCUGUUCAGAUAUAAUGGACCUGAUUCACUUGUCUGCUCUGAUGGACCUGAUUCACUUGUCUGCUCUGAUGUAAAUUAGAAAUUACUUUAGAGAAUUUAAUAGAAUUACAAAAGCAUAAAUGGGAAGAGAAUCAGCUCCAACUUUUCUUUUGUUGUUUUGAGCACCUUGGAAAGUUUUACUCUGACUGUUGAAAAGAGAAAUGCCUGUAAGGAAGGGGCUUUAUCAGAUUCUGUGUGGAAUCUAGGAAACCUGCUUUACAAUUUUCUGUUUAUAGAGAUUUCACAAAACCCUGUACUUUUCAAUGUAAGUCACUGUAAAAAUAUAGCAGAAGUCUAGCUUAAUUUUAAAAAUGAUUGAUAUGCCCUUAUAUUACUUUGCACCUUAGCUACCUUAUGAUGGAAAUUGGGAUUUGGGGGACUGUAAGAAUUUUAUAUUGUAGCUGUUGAGACCAUAUAUUAUCAGAAUUGUAAAAAUUCCAGUUCUGGAUUUUGAACACCCAAUUUUUUUUGGUGGUAUAUCCAGGAUUUUGGUCGGGCUCCAUCCAUGAUACAGAUGUAUCAAUAACUAGUUUCCAGUCCACAGUUUAAAUAAUUUAUAGAAGAGAGGAAAGGAAUUCAUGGAGGAUUGAAGAUUGUAAGCAGAGAAUUCUCUUUUAUAUUGUUUAGCUUCAGUGUGUUGAGAGAGAAGAUUUUUAAUGCUAUUUAAUACAGCUAAAUGGUGACUGAAGUCAUUGAGGAAAAAACUGCAUUUGGCUUUUAGAAGAAACUGUACUAUAGUUUGUAUAGGCUUAUGUUUAAAGUAUACCUUCACCAACUGACCCAGUGUGAUGUCACCAAAGGGAACCUAAAUUUUAGUAUUGCAAAUUCUAAUUAACAAAAAAUAAAGAUUUGAAGAUUAAAAUAGCCAGCGGUUUUACAUAUGUCUUACAUAUUUUAUUUUUCUUUGGGUUUGUACAUGAUUAUUUUGGGUAGAAGUAAUAUAUAAUCAUGUUGAGCAUUAAUUUCCCAAUCUGGCACAAAAUAUCCAUAAAUUUGCAACAUUUCAGUGUGUUUGUUCCAGCACAGAGAAAUCAUUCUGUCAAAGUCUGUACUGAUUUAUAUCCUAUGUAAUUCUGUUCAAGCUAAAGGGAUUACAGGCAGUAUAAAUUACCACAGAAUUUGGCAUAUUCUCCUUUGCAAGCUAUCAGGCCCAAAAUUUUAAUGAAAUGACUUGGAACGAUCCAAAUGCAGAACAAUCCAAAUGCUUAAGCCUGCAAAUAAUAAAAGAACAUAAUAAAUGAGGUCUUAAUAUUGCUUAUUCGUAGAUCAAUAACUGCCUUGUUUAGGUCCUAUAAAGGAAAAAGGAGCAUUUCCAAAUUUCAAAUAUUUUGCAAAAUAAAUGUUCAUGACCUAUAGGUUAAGUGGUAUGAGGUACAAAUUAUUUUAAAAUUGUACUUAUAAUUAAUUGACAAUUACACAAAAGAAUGGACCAUGGAGAAUAGAAAGAUGUUGAAAUGCUGGCAACUAUUUGGUAAUUGUAUUGCAUUAGCAAAACAAGUUCUUAAGAAAGUUGAUGAAAAACAGUAUCAUUCUGUAGUUUCUAAAGAAAAAUAAGUUUCACUGUUAAACUUUGCAGUUUUAAGACCAGUUGGACUUUACUGUUUUAGGAAUGUUUAUUAAGUACUGGACAGGUAAAUCUUUUAGUUCCUAUGGGAACCCAAAACUGUAUUUAUUUGACAGGACAGUUGACCGAUUUUAUCCAUGACAACUCCAAGCACUUGAACAGAAUUAUAUACCCAAUUAUAUCAGACCGCAUUUGGCCUGAUACAUUUUUGUGUUAGAUUCCUUAAAAGGUAUAUCUUAGGUAAUGAGAAAUAUUUAAAGCUGUGUAAGUGUGUAAAUUUCAUUCCAAAUUGUCUGAACUCUCUUGUAAUAGAAAACAUUUUUGAAUUUUUAUGUAUUGUUUCGUAAUUUAUUUAAAUCAUGU